AUGUCUGUAAUUUCAAAAAAUACAGAGACUCCAAAAAACGAAUUUUGUGUUGGUGAAGAAACUAUAAUUUUGAAUGUUGGUGGUAUCAAGCAUGUUGAUGGUGAUUUCAAUGCAAUUGUAACUAAAGAAGAAUUAAUAGAAGAAUUAUUAUAUUUUCAAAUUCCUUUUAACAACAAUGACAGUGAUGACAAGAAUAACCACAAUUGUGAUAAUAUUAUCAAUAUCGAUGAUAAUCAUGCAAUUGCAAAUGCACAAUUAGGUGCACAAAAAUUGGAUUCAUUCAUUAUUGCAAUGAUCAACAUGAUUAAUGAGAUGAAGGCAUCGUUUAUGCAAUCAGUUGAAUUAAAAUUCCCUCGUCAUUGUAAUAGUAUUGAUUCUUCUGACAAAUCUUUAAGAUUAAGUAAUGAAAACCUGUAUCAUCCAGUAAGAUUUAUGCAACCUUAUUGUUUUGUUGGUUAUGUGUUAUUGAAAAAUUUCGAAACAGAUAUUUACAGAUAUAUUACUUCAAAAGUUAAUGGAUUUCAUUGGGAGGUUGAAAGAAUUGCUGGAACAGUUAGAAAUAAACAUUUGAAAGUUACCAUUAAAAUUGAUAUUAAUGUUAAGAAAAGGGAUGUACUUGCAAAUUCUUCACUUGGUUUAUUUAACUUAAUGAGAGAGGGAGAGAGAUCAUAG